AAGAUUUUUUGAUUUUUGAUUUUUUCAGGUAACAUAGUUUCUUUUCUCAGGUAUUUUUCUUUUCGUUCAUUCAGUGCAUCGUUGUCAACAAAUUUACUCGUCAUCGUCAAGUGAUUGAAACAAAACGAAAAUGUCAUUGGAAACCAAACGUCAAGAAUCAAUUGAUUCGAUUCAAAAAUUAAUGAAACCAAAACUUUUACUGAUAUUAAGUGGUAAAAGAAAAUCUGGUAAAGAUUUUCUUGAACAAUUAUUAAUGGAAAAAUAUCCCGGAAAAAUUCUUUCAUUUCGUAUAUCGGCACCAAUUAAACAAGAAUAUGCAAAAUGUAAUAAUUUAAAUUUUGAAGAAUUAUUAACAUCAUCCGAAUAUAAAGAAUCAUUUCGUAAACAAAUGGUUGAAUGGAGUGAAUCAAUACGAAAACAGGAUUCAAAUUAUUUUCUUCGUUUAACAAUAUUAGAUUCUUAUCGAAAAAAUAAUGGCCAUGAAAAACCAAUUUGGAUAUUAAAUGAUGCAAGACGUAAAACUGAUCUAGAAUAUUUCGAUUCAAACAAUGAAAUUAAUUUAGAAAAUUGUAAAAAAUUAUUAAUACGUAUUGAAUCAAAUGAUCAAGUAAGAAAAAAUCGUGGUUGGAAAUUUACCAAUGGUAUUGAUGAUCAAACAACUGAAUGUGGUCUUGAUAAUUUUACUGAUUGGAAUUAUUGUAUACAAAAUAAUGGUACAAAAGAUGAAUUGAUUGAAAAAUUAUUACCAAUUUUAUCCGAAAUUGAUAAUAUUUUAUAAUUUAUUUGUAAAACAUUCCAGAAUUUACAAUAAAAA